AGUCAUAAAGAAAGAAAGGAAAGAGAGAAAAACAAAGGUUCUCAAAACUCCAUGAUUCAAAUUCUCCUCAAGAAAUAGGACUUGAGGGUCUUUCUCUUUUCUUCUCUCUACUUAAACCAGAGUUUGAAGACCUCUCAAAGUUUCUUCAAAGACUUGUUUGGGAGCUAGCUUCAAGCAAACAAAAAAAAGGGAAACGAAAACAAGGAGUAAUUAAAAGAGAGAGUUUCAAGUGACCGCCGUCAUCAUCAUCAAAGUUUUUGCUAAGGAAAGGCCAUGAACCGAGGAGUCUUGCAGAGCUCAACAGUGCAGCAGAUGAUGGCCGGAAACCCUAACUGGUGGAGCAUUAACAGCAUGCGCCCACCAACUCAUCAUCAACAACCUUCUCCUUUCCUGCCUCCUCCUCCUACUUUCUUCCCUCAAUACACUCCCACCUCAUCUUCUUCUUCCUCCUCCUCUUCUUCACUUCCUAUUCCUUCUUGGCAUGAUAACCAGGAGCUUCCUGAGUCCUGGAGUCAACUACUCUUGGGUGGAUUCGUGGGUGAAGAAGAAAAGGGUGGUAUAGGCCAGUUUCAAGUUCAAGUACCCAAGAAGGUGGAGAACUGGGAGGAACAAGCAUUACACCAAGCCUCAAAUGCUUCUGUUGUGGAUGUGAAGCAAGAAAACUCCGCAAGCAGCUAUGUGUAUGGGCAUGCAAAUGAAGAUUUUCAUCAGGCAACUAAACCAGCUUGGUCUCAUCAGAUAAUGCCUGCCUCAUCCCCCAAAUCCUGCGUAACAAGUUUCAGCAGUAACAUGUUGGAUUUUUCUGGCAACAAAGCUGAUGCAAGGCAUCCACCUCCAGAUCGCUUUUCUGAGUGUAACAGCACUGCAACUGGUGGGACAUUAAAGAAAGCUAGGGUUCAACCUUCUGCAACCCAAUCUACCUUCAAGGUGAGGAAGGAAAAAUUAGGAGACAGAAUUACUGCACUUCACCAGCUCGUUUCUCCAUUUGGGAAGACUGACACAGCCUCUGUCUUGUUAGAGGCUAUUGGGUACAUCAGAUUCCUUCAGAGUCAAAUUGAGGCUCUCAGCUUACCGUACUUGGGCAGUGGAUCAGGAAACAUGAGGCAGCAACAAUCUGUUCAAGGGGAGAGAAAUUGUAUAUUUCCUGAAGACCCCGGUCAGCUGUUGAACGAUAACUGCAUGAAGAGGAAAGGUGGUCCUGAUCAGCAGGAUUCUCAUGAAGAACCGAAGAAGGACCUGAGGAGUAGAGGGCUGUGCCUGGUUCCUGUGUCAUGCACACUGCAAGUUGGGAGUGACAAUGGAGCAGAUUACUGGGCUCCUGCCCUUGGCGCCGGAUUCCGAUAGAAAAUGGUUAUUACAACUGUUGGAAGGGCAGCUAGCAGCUUUAUCCAGCACAUGACUUCAAAAAAAAAAAAAAAAGCAACAAAAAAGAAGACUAAAGAGCAGCUUCAUGAAACGAUAUAACAUCAUGAGCAGUCACUCUGCUAAAAAGUCUAAGGCUGAUUGCUCAUGAUGCUAUACAAUCUUUCUUGGACUUGUAGAUGUUUGUGUGCUAAGCUCUAGCUUGGGUGAUUCAGAGACCUGCCUCUCUCUAAUUUACUGAGAUUUUAAGCUUAUCGUUAUUUUUCUUAGCUUUAACUUUAAAUUAUGAUUAGCUGCUGCUACACUAUUUGCUUUCAUGUAUAUCCAGUUCUCUAGUAGUAUGAUUUAAUCAUUUUAAUGCUGCAUUGACUGAAAGCAGCAUUCCUGAAUCA